CUCUUACAUCAUCUAUUUUGUUACUUUUUGGAAAGUCAGUUCUAUGAGUGUUUAAAGACCUUAUCUGGGCGAGAGCCCGGAGUUCGUUCCUAGCCCUUGUUCGUAUCUCUGAAUGUUUCUCUCCUGACUAUUCAUUUUUAUAUCUCUGGUCGUCUGCUCUUCUUGCUCUGCUGCAUGUUCUUUGGUAUUCAUCUCUAACAUCGACGUCAAUCCUUGAACAUCAUGUCUCUCAGAGCAGCGUCCAUCAAGAACACCAGCUCGGAUGAUGAGAAAGCUCAUCCCGAGAGUGGGAGAGGUGUUGUAGAGCCCUACUACCCAGAUGUCGAGGAUCCAUUGGAAGAAAAUGAGGUUUUCAAAAAGACACACGAUGGAGUGGAUUUCCGAACUGUUGGAUGGCCACGAGCUUCUGUCAUCUUCCUGAAGGUCAUUUUUGCUACCGGUGUUCUGAGCAUUCCCACAGCUAUGUACUCAUUGGGAGCUGUUGGUGGUGCUCUUUCUGUCAUUGGUUGGGGUGCUCUGAACACCUACACUGCGAUGGUUCAAGGGAACUUUCGAAAUGCCCAUCCAGGAUGCCAUUCCAUUGCUGACAUGGCCGCCGUGCUUGGUGGUACCGUCCUUCGAGAAUUGGUUGGAGCUCUCUUUCUCAUCGCUUACAUUCUUUGCGCGGGUUCAGGCAUUCUUGGAGUUUCCAUUGGUCUCAAUGCACUUUCAACUCAUGCCGCUUGCACGGUUUGGUGGUCACUCAUCGCCACUGUCGUGAUAGCAGCUACAGCGUCCGUUCGAAAGUUUCAUCAAAUCGGAUGGCUCACAUGGGCUGGAUUUACCAGCAUCUUCAUAGCAGUAUUCAUUGUCGUCGUUGCAGUCACAACCUUGGACCGUCCAGCAGCUGCUCCUCAGACGGGCGACUACGAGCUUGGAUACUAUGUCAUCGCCCAUCCAACGUUCAUCGCUGGCAUCACAGCAUCGGCGACCAUCUUCGUGUCCUCAGCUGGAACCUCCGCCUUCUUGCCUGUCAUCUCAGAGAUGCGAAACCCAAGGGAUUAUAACAAGGCUCUAUUUGUAUGCAUGGCCAUCGUCAAUGCUGCCUACUUGUCGUUCUCUCUUAUUGUGUACAAAUGGUGUGGCCAAUGGGUGGCUUCUCCCUCUCUUGGCUCUGCCGGUCCAACGAUCAAGAAAGUCUCGUACGGAAUUGGUCUCAUCGGCCUGAUUGUCUCAGCAUGCCUAUAUCUCCACGUCGCAGCCAAGUACCUCUUCGUCCGUAUCCUCCGCAAUUCUCCCCACCUACAAAAAAACACUGCUGUUCACUGGAUCACUUGGCUCUCUUGCACAUGCGGCCUUGCAUCCAUCUCGUUCAUCCUCGCGGAAGCUAUUCCGAUCUUCAACUACCUACUCGCGCUGACCGGAUCGAUCUGCUUUGCUCCACUAGCAAUUGCCUUGCCAGGCUUCUUGUGGCUUUACGAUCAUGGCUCUUACAGGAAGGGACAUUUGGGACAGAAGUUGAUCUAUUACGCUCAUUGCUUCUUGCCCCUGCUGGGACUUUUCCUAUGUGUGGGAGGAACUUACGGGACUGUGCAGUUGAUUAUUAAUGCUUAUGCUGAUAAGGAGAUUGGGAGUGCCUUCUCUUGUGCCGAUAACUCCGGCUCGACUUAAGAGGCUUAGCUAUGAUAUGAAGGGUAGGAGUACACAAAUAUAAUAUGCGAGAGGAAGAUAGAAUGUACAAAGAUAGACUUCAUAUGACAAAACUC